UUGCUCCUGAAAGUCGGCCUGAUAGAAGCGUACGGUGCACGUCGGUAUGAUGGUCCAGCACAGGAAUUGCGGAACUGCUGUUAUGCUACAAGUUUGGGAAGUUUCCUUAAUCAAUGGCUUCCUAUUGACACACAGGGUUUAUAUGGUUCAUUUUUAUUUAUCUAUUUAUUUAUUUAUUUAUUUAUUUUGUUUGUUUGUUUGUUUUGUUUCCGGUGUUGUGAUUCGCCAGCGUGUGCUUAGAUAGUGACUGCCCAGAGAGUUCGAUGCAGGGAAAGAUCGCCAAUAUUUGAGUCUUUGCGAGCUUAGAGACUUGGAUUCUUCGACGGAUUCUGGAAUUCGAUAUGCUCGAAAUUAGGGGUCAAUUGGUAGAUUGAGAUUUUAAUGGUGGAUCGCUCGGCCCAGCUUGCGUUUUAGAUUCUGUCGAAGAGAUCCAUUUUGAAGAUGUUGACACAGUCGUCUUUCUCGGAGCUCUGCCGCUUCGUCUGUACAGCGACCAUCAACAACUAGUAAAUCCUCCGAUGCCAGUAGGUUUGGUUCAACUCCAGGGAUGCAAGGACACAAGGGUCUCAGAUUUUAUUCUAAAUUUAUGGUUCGAUGGUACCGUCAAUUGCAGGAAAAAAGAUCCGAAUUGGCCUUUGCAACACUUGCACAAUGGCGUUGGAAACCUAAAGCAAGUGUGUCAAAGGACGGUAGGUGACUGGGGAUGCUUCCACUGGUCUUUGACGUGCUUUGCGUCUGUCUUGAUAGAUUUGUUCUCGAUGGUAAUCGGUUCAAGGGAGAGCACUUAAAGCAGGUGUAACUCUGUGAUUCAUGGGUUCGACAUCGCAGCAAUCAACUUGAUUUGCAUGUUAUCUUGAUCGAAGGAGCCAUCUUGUAAAAGAGUCCACAUCAAUGAACUUUCGAGAGAGGAAAAAUAGCGUGAUCUUUGGAGCUGCUCUACCAGUGUCCUGUCAAUAUGCAUGGAAUCAAGUCUCACGCAGACGAACGGCAUUUGAGAGAGCCACCAUAAUUAUGAUGAUCGUUCUAGCAGUUGAAGUUCUGAGUGUUAUAGGUCUGAACGCAGACGGAAUUGCUCUUCUUGAAUUUAAGAAAGCCAUAACUUCAGACCCCCACAGUGCUUUAAAGAAUUGGAAUGAUUCGGACGCCACUCCCUGCCGAUGGAACGGCAUCAGAUGCGCGAGGAUUCAAGGAACGAUGGAGGAACGGGUGCUGAACAUCACCCUACCCGGAAAGGAGCUUGGAGGAACCCUGUCUCCAAGCCUCGGAGACCUCGUUCAUCUCGGCCUGUUGAAUUUGCACACGAACAAGCUGACCGGCCAGAUCCCUAGUAAGCUUUUCGCGGCCCUCAAUUUGUCCCGUCUGUACCUAUCGAACAACUAUUUGACCGGAGACAUUCCAGCGGAGAUUCGCAAUCUUGGUAACCAACUAAGAGUGUUGGAAAUAAGGAGCAAUAUCAUAACAGGCCUGCCAGCAGAGAUCGUUCAGUGCUCCCGACUUCGACGACUCAUUUUGAGCACCAAUAAUAUAACAGGAAUUGUACCUGCCGGAAUUGGCUCAAAUUUGACAAGACUGGAGCGACUAGACUUAUCUUCGAAUCACUUCAUCGGCACAAUCCCUGAAAACUUUGCCAACCUCACAGAGUUACAGGGCACUCUUAAUCUCUCCAACAAUCGUUUUUCCGGCUCCAUUCCUCAGUCUCUGAGCAUCCUACGGAAUGUAUUCAUAGACUUUAGCAACAACAAUCUCUCGGGUCCUAUUCCAUCAGGGUCAUAUUUUCAAUCCUUGGGGUUGGAAGCUUUCGAUGGCAAUCCUGCGCUCUGCGGUCCACCUUUAGAGAUAAACUGCGCGCCUUCGCCAUCAAAUACCGCCCCCCCACCUUUUGUCAACAGCACUGCGUCAGGGUCCAGCACCUCCCAUAAGAAAAGCCUGAACAAGACUGCUGUCAUUGUUAUCGCAGUUAUUAGCGGAAGUGCAGCGUUGCUCAUGGCUACUGUGGGAUUCUACUUCUUCGUGCGGAAAUUGAGUUUAGCUAAGAAGACUGUGAGCUUCCCAAGUUCUCCGAGGACUUACAACGUCAACGGACUUCGAGGCUGUCUGUGCCCAAGGCGAGACUCUGCAGGUGGAGCAUCUGAGGAGGAUGCAGGUGAUCUAGUGCACCUGAGUGGAGCAUUUUUCUUCAACUUGGAGGAACUGCUUCGAGCCUCGGCGUACGUGCUGGGCAAGAGAGGGGCGAGGGUUGUGUACAAGGCUGUAUUGGACGACGGCACCAUUGUGGCUGUUCGAAGAUUAGGCGGUGGCGGGGAGCACCGGCACAAGGAGUUUGAGGCUGAGGUGAAGAUCUUCGCCCAAGUGCGGCAUCCACACAUUGUCAAUUUACAUUCCUUUUAUUGGACGGCAGACGAGAAGUUGCUGGUUUAUGAUUAUGUCUCCAAUGGGAGCUUGGAAACUGCUCUUCACGGUAGAUCAGAGGGAUUAAAAAGGUCACUUACGUGGAAGUCACGACUCCGAAUAGCGCGAGGAGCAGCCCAAGGUAUCGCACACAUACAUGAAUUUAGCCCCAAGAGAUACGUCCAUGGUGACAUCAAGCCUAGCAAUAUUCUUCUGGAUGCCUAUCUAGAAGCUCGAAUUGCCGAUUUCGGACUACAACGGCUGCUCGCAUUCGUAGAGCCAGAGCCCGUCAAGGAGUUCGGUAGUAUUCGAAGUGAAACUGGGAGAGCUUCUGCGGUGUCCCCAGCUCCUGAAUUUGGAAGGAGGACGUCUACCCCAUUUGUGGUUGCCCCAUUCUUGGCGGAUGUGUACCUAGCUCCGGAGGCUACUAGUGGAAAAGGAUUUACUCAGAAGAGCGACGUUUAUUCCUUCGGAGUUGUGUUGCUUGAGCUUCUCACGGGCAGGUCACCGUUCAAGCAGCUUGCUGGAGGUGAACUCGACCUUGUAUCAUGGAUUCGCCAGGCCCUUCAAGAAAAUAGAAACCUCUCUGAGAUAUUUGAUCCUCGCUUGCAGAAAGCUGACGACAACGAACAUAGUCAAAUGAUCGAAACCUUGCAGGUGGCAUUGGCAUGCAUAGCCGUUGACCCUGACGAUCGGCCAAGGAUGAAGCAAAUCGCGGUGUUGUUUGAAAAACUCCAAACAAGUAGAUGACACGCCAUAGAAGGGACCCAAAACCCUCAAGAGCAUAGGAAACGAAGCUAGUUUUUUUUGUUUUCUUUUUUCUUUGAAAAAGCAAGCAACACACACCAGCGCUAGCUCAAAGAAACAGAUUCAACUAGGGAGAUUGCCUACGGGCCAAUUAGGGUUCAGUCGGAUUAGCUCAUCUAGAAACCCUUGAGUGAUCUCGCAGAGACCAGACACGAACUGAAUGACUAUCUGAACCAGACUUGGAGAUGAGAAGUGCCUUCAAUUCAGUACCUCUCCUGCCAUUGCUCCCUCGUCACCAAAUUUUGUCCCAAACCAAAACCUCCUGCUAGCUCGCAACGUACCCACUCACAAGACCGAUACAGUCGAUCAUUAGACACAGAAUGAAACCCAGCUAAACUAGCAAAGGAGAGAUUCGCGUCGCCCACCGCGCAAUCAAUGGCCAAACGUUACGCAACACGGUCCUUUCCUGCGGAUCGUUCCUGCAGAAAUCAGUGUGAUGAAGCUACCUCCUCACUAUUUGUUCUCUAGCAGGAGAAGCAGCAACAUCGUUAGCUUUGUUAAAUCCAAAUGCUGUGCAUCAUUGUUGCCUGUCUGACCGA